GGGCUGCCGCGGCCGCUGCUCCUGCCUUCGCCGUCGUCCUCCCGCCGGGCUCGGAGGCGGCCUUAAGCGUGGCGGGGAAGCCGCCGGUGUGCGCCGCCCUGCCUCCCGCCCUGCCCGCUUCGCUCCCGCCUCCCGCCUCCUUCUCGCCUCAGCGGAGCCCGGCGCGGCGGCGGCUGCUGCGGGGUCUGGGCUCUGCUCACCCGGCCCCCGAUGACUGCGGCAAACUGCGGAGGCGCCAACGACGACUUCGACUUCAGGCUCAUCUUCGGGGAGGACGCCCAGCCCGGGCCGGGCCCGCCGACGCCACUGCCGCGCGCGCUUGGGCCUGCCGCUGCCGCCGCCGCCGCAGCAGAUCUUGAUCCAGAUGAUUGUACAUCUGGGUGUAUCUUCAGUGUAGACCAUUCGUCAUCGUCUGUAAAUCAUCCUAUUUGUAUCCCAUGCCAUGGAUUUCAGUCACACCCUUCUCCUUUGUCUUCACCUACUAGACUGCAGGGUCAUAAAAGCUAUGAAGGAACAUGUGAAGUACCCGAAUCUAAAUACAGUCCACUAGGUGGUCCUAAGCCCUUUGAGUGUCCUAGUAUUCAAAUUACGUCUAUCUCUCCUAACUGUCAUCAAGGAAUAGAAGCCAGUGAAAAUGAAUUGCACACAAAUGGCCCUCAAAAUGAAUAUAUGGACAGGCCUUCGAGGGACCACUUGUAUCUUCCCCUUGAGCCAUCUUACAGGGAAUCGUCCCUUAGUCCAAGUCCUGCCAGCAGCAUUUCCUCUCGGAGCUGGUUCUCAGAUGCCUCCUCUUGUGAGUCGAUCUCUCACAUUUACGAUGAUGUGGAUUCAGAGCUGAAUGAAGCUGCUGCUCGAUUCAACCUUGGGUCACCUUUGGCGUCUCCUGGAGGUUCUCCAAGGGGCUGUCCAGUAGAUGAACCUUGGCAGGCAUCUUAUGGAUUUGGUCAUACCUUGUCACCUAGACAAUCUCCUUGCCAUUCUCCUAGGACUAGUAUCACAGAUGAAAAUUGGCUUAGCCCUCGGCCGACCUCAAGACCGUCAUCCAGGCCGACGUCGCCGUGUGGAAAGCGGCGGCAUUCUAGCGCUGAGAUCUGUUAUGUUGGUUCACUUUCUCCUCAUCAUUCUCCAACCCCCUCCCCAGGUCACUCUCCUCGGGGAAGCAUAACAGAAGACACAUGGCUAAAUUCUUCUCUCCAUGGUCUGGCACCUGGCCUUUCGCCAUUCCAGUGCUGUGCCGAGACUAACAUCCCUCUUAAAACGAGAAAGACCUCUGAGGAUCAAACUGCCAUCAUGUCGGGGAAAAUAGAGCUUUGUUCUGAGGAACAGGGCAGUUUAUCACCAUCCCUUGAAUCUGCGAUAGAGGAAAGCUCAGCGUCCCCUCACACACUGAAAAAAGAUCUGCCUGGUGACCAAUUUCUUUCUGUUCCUUCACAUUUUACCUGGAACAAACCAAAGCCUGGUCAUACAUCUGGCCAUACUCCUAUAUUUCGCACAUCUUCGUUGCCUCCCCUAGACUGGCCUUUACCUGCUCAAUAUGGACAGUGUGAACUAAAAAUAGAAGUGCAACCAAAAACUCAUCACAGAGCACAUUACGAAACAGAAGGUAGCAGAGGAGCUGUGAAAGCAUCCACUGGCGGUCAUCCUGUAGUGAAGCUCCUGGGUUAUAGUGAAAAGCCAGUAAACCUACAGAUGUUCAUUGGGACAGCGGAUGAUCGCUACUUAAGGCCGCAUGCCUUCUACCAGGUGCACAGAAUCACAGGGAAAACAGUUGCUACUGCAAGUCAAGAAAUAAUUAUUACAAGCACAAAAGUCCUGGAAAUUCCACUGCUUCCUGAAAACAAUAUGUCAGCCAGUAUUGAUUGUGCAGGCAUUUUGAAACUCCGCAAUUCUGAUAUAGAACUUCGUAAGGGUGAGACAGAUAUUGGAAGGAAAAAUACAAGGGUCCGACUUGUGUUCCGGGUACACAUCCCACAGCCUAGUGGAAAAGUCCUGUCCCUCCAAGUUGCUUCGAUACCUGUUGAAUGCUCUCAGAGAUCAGCUCAAGAACUUCCUCAGAUAGAGAAAUACAGCAUCAGCAGUUGCUCAGUAAAUGGAGGGCACGAAAUGGCGGUUACUGGAUCUAACUUCCUUCCAGAAUCAAAAAUAAUAUUUCUUGAAAAAGGGCAAGAUGGACGGCCUCAGUGGGAGGUAGAAGGAAAAAUAAUUAGGGAGAGGAGCCAAGAGACUACAAUUGUUCUUGAAGUUCCUCCAUACCACAACAAAGCGGUUUCAACUGCUGUCCAGGUCCAGUUCUAUGUUUGCAAUGGCAAGAGGAAAAAAAGCCAAUCUCAACGUUUUACUUACACACCAAUUGUACUGAAACAAGAGAACAGAGACGAAAUGGAUUUGUCUUCAGUUCCCUCAUUGUCCCUGACUCGUUGUACUGGUGUUAAAGGACUUCCUUCUCUUCAAGCUCAGCUAUCUUCACCAGAUUCUGGGCUCUCCCAUGAGAGUUUACUUUCUACUUCAUCCAGGAGCCUUGUAUGCCCAGUUCAGCAAGCAUAUACACCUCUGGUGUCCUCCACGGUAUCCCCGAUGUCUCACAUCCAAGGUAGAAACAUUAGCACAGGUGAAGAGCAUCCUGUUUUGUCUUCAGCUGUAGUCCACCAGUCUUUUCAGGUCACGUCAGCACCUUCUGCGAGGCCUUCCUACCAGCCUAUGCAAUCGAAUGUUAUGUUUAACGGACAGUCUGGUCUUCCCAUGAACUCUGCCUCUGCUGGCCAAGGAUUUGAUGCAAUUUCGUUUCAACAAGAUGCAGCAGCUGUACCUCAGUUGAUAAACCUUAGCUGCCAAUCUCUACCACCGAUGCCGUAUCAUUCUUCAAAUCUGGGUUCAGUGUCAACUCCAGCUGUAGCGGGAGGCCAUCCUUCAUCGCACCCUGCUCAACAUAGACAAUCGUCUCCUCACCUGCAAUCGGUGGGGUAUCAUUGUCCAAAUCCCCGGCAAAGUUCUGCCUCUUCUGUAAUGACUCAGUCCCUUGGACACCCUUCCGCUCAGCUGCAGCAGGUCGCUUACCAUUCUUCAAAUCCAGGUAACACUUCCUCACCGUCCCCCAAAUCUUCUCAUUCUAUGGUCCAUUCACCACGAUCUGGACCAUCUUCUCCGCAACUGCAGCCUAUGCCUUACCAGACUUCUAGCUCAGGACCUGCCUCCUCACCUCCGCCUCCAACUGCUGUUGGCCACUCUGGGCAGCAGUCGCCUCAGGCACACAGUCCAGGUUUAGGAGGAAUUGCUGCAGCUUCAUCCUUGAUACAUCAUAACGUUUGUGAUGCGUCUCCAUUUUCACCAGAGGAGACAGCGAUUAACGUAAAGCCUGAACCUGAAGAUAGAGAGCUGAAUUUUCAGACAAUAGGGCUGCAAGACAUCACCUUAGAUGAUGUGAAUGAAAUCAUAGGAAGAGACAUGUCGCAGAUUUCCGUGUCCCAUGGAGCCGCGGUGGCCAUCCAUCCUCCGCACACGUGUCCUGCGUCUCUAGAGGCGGGCCUAUCGGAUGGCGUUCAGUAGCAGCUCAGCUUGUGGGAAGCGAUCCAGACCGUGCUGCACUUUUCCUCCGAAGACUGCUUCAUCCCUUCCUUAGACUUACUGUGCUUCCGACUUUGUGGCCUUGAUGAUCUGGAGCGGUGUGGCUGUUUUGGGGAGGGUGGGGGGGGAGGGUGAUACUUCUGGCUUGGAGACCGGAGCGGUCUGAUUUUAGCUUCCUUGGAUGCUGUAAACAUUGGUAAAAAUGGACACAGGAGCAGCACAAGCGACUUUAACCUUGGGGGGAGAAACCACCACCACCAAUGAGCUUUGCUUGUUUUUGUGCAUUUGAAUAGAAUACUUUUAUAUUAAGUGCUUAAUGUAUGGAGAAGUAGUUUUUUCGCUCUCAAUAUGCACAGUACUGAAUGUGGGGGGGGGGGAUUUUGUAAAAUACACAUCUUCGUAUGCUGCUUUUUCUUUAGGAGAGAGAUUAGGAUUGUAAUAUAAAUUUGUAUACCUUUUGGGGGUCGUUUUGAAGAGCCUUUAAGCUUAUAUUGUUUUAAAGAGAACUUUUUAAAAAAAUAAAUGAAAUCUUCCAGAGGCACAAAAGUACCUUGUCAUCUUAAGCCAAUGCCUUGGAAGGGUCGUGUAUAAGAUUAUUAGCAUUUUCUUUGGAUUUAUAGGAAGCAAAGCCAAAUUGUAGGUUUGUGUUCUCUACACAUUUUUUUAAAAGCAUUUGGUAGGCUGAAAAGAGACCAUUCCAUCAUGGAAAUAUUGGGAUAGAAAUGACAUUCCGAGAUACAACUUUUAUAACUUUAUAGGUGACCCCCCCCCCUUGCCAGCACAGGCCCCUAUAACUGAAACAGCGUUAUGUGUUCAGAACAAUUUAUAGAAAUACUCAUAAGCAGAAAACUAAGAUGGGGGCUGGCUUUAAAACCAACGUUUAGAUGUCCUACUCUAUAGUAACACUGUUUGGUCAGAAUAGUUUUAAGGAGUUAUCCCCACAGAAAUGUUGUCUUGAAAUCCCUCAGGUAGGGUUAUUUUUUAAACUCUGUCCACUUAUUUUGGUGGAUAAACCUCUUACUCAAACUUGCUACUUCAGAAUAUUUUCUCGAUGGGAUUCUGGCUGUUUAUUUUUCAUAGGAGUCGAUGUAAAGUCAGAUUAAGUACAGUGUGUAAUAAAGGGGGUGAAACUGAUUUUGAUAAGUUUAUGAAAAAUAUUUCAGAUUUUGAAAAAUUCUCUGGGCUUGUUUGAUUUGGACCACGCAGAGUGUUGUAUAUGGAACCCAAGUGUUUAAUAUCAGAAAUGUCACUAGAGGGGCUUGAUAUUAGAAUUUUUGUUGCUCUGUUCAUAGAGAUAAUAUUCUGGUGACAAUGAAAACAGAACUUUAUUCAGUUUUGGCCAGCCUAGAAUGUGGAUACUCUAAAUUGUGAAAAAUCCUCUUUUCAUGAGGUGAAAAAUGAACUCCCUUUUUGUUGUUCUUGGUGAAUUGCAUUGCCACCUAAGUCUUAACUGGAUCUGAAUUUUUGAUUCCCCAUUUAAAGGUGAUCCAUAACUAGAACACCCCUUUAUUUUUCAUACCUUUGUCAGCAUGCUUACUGUUGACAAAAUGUCUGUCCAGGGGUCCCUCCAGAGAACUUGUGAAUAGGAAGCUAUCAGUGUCUAAUUGUUUUGUCUCCUGUGAAGAAGAAGUUUACAUCAGCACUUGGCGUUAGAAGAGGGAUUGAUAAAUUGUAGCCUGACCGGACUGUCUGCAGACCAGCUUGGCCCCUGGGUUGCAGUUUCCUGCCACUCCGUUGUCUAUCCAAGCACAGCACAAAUUUGUCCCCCUGUACUUUUGAACAUGAAAACAAUAAUUCUAAUAAAACGUGUUCAUAUUCAGAGAUGGGAAACGAAAUACAUAUUAGAAUCUGUAUUUCAAGUGGGGGGGGGUUGCUUUGAUAGGAAAAUGCUAUCUUUAAUAUUUUAAUCUGGUGGAAAUUUUAUUUGAGUGGCUCACACUUUUUGGCGGUGUCCCCAACUGGUAGAUCCACUUUCAGUUUGCUCCCAAGAUGCAUAACAUUCCCAUUUGCUAGGGGUUCCUGCGUUGCCAUAUUUCGAAAUCACAAGGGUCAAGGUAAUUCUGUUUUUGAGAGGAGAGGUGGAGGUGCUGUUGUAAUCAAAUCUGUGUCCUGUUUUGCUGACUUUAAAACAUUUUGUAAAAACUGGGAGUAUAGCUCGUUACAUUUUGUAGCAUUUCACUCCCUUGAACUAGUAUAAGCCAUUUUCCCUCGUAACAGUGGCUGUAUUCCAGUUUUUGCUCCUGUAAUGAGUCUGCAGUAACCGAUGGUUACUGGAAUAUUUCAGGUUUCUGAGCUUUUUUGUACUCUGUGGGGUUUUCUGCUCCUUGAUGGUAGGGAGGGUAGAGCCUUUUCUCCGUCUAGGUCCUCCUGAGUUCUUUUGAAUUGAUACUGUACCUAAAAUGUGGGAGCCCAACCCAUCCUGACUUGCUAUGCACUAAGUGGGCAAUCCAGCAAGUUCUGCAGCGUCACAACCUCUCUCCGGCUCAGCAAGGAGCCACCUUGCACGCUCACUGAGACACGGGGUUUUGUGCCUGCGGAGUUGGUAGAAUGCUCAUGCAAUCUUCUGAUGCCUUUUAAAUACCUUGAUGCCUGUAGAAGUAGAAAUGCUUUCCUAUUUAAAACAAAAAAAAUAUAGAUUUCGGUACUAAAAACUGUUGUAUUUUUGCCUUGUAAAAGCUUCAGUACAAGGGUCUUAAUUUUGUUUUAUUGCUUGUGUGAUGCUAUAGGUAAGACUGUUGAUCUUGUGAAAUGUAGUGGGUAUGAAAAGCUCAUGAUCUCCAUUGGACUAUGCAAAUUUACAUUUUUUUCAGUAGCAGCCUGAGUCUCAGGCACUUUGGAAUCUCCUUUGCUAGCCUCCCCCACUUCAAAAUGUACAAUUGCUUUCAAUGCUGGAGUCCAAAUUUUUAAAAUAGCAGGGAAAUUACUAAUCCCCCCCUUUUUACAGAAAAAGUAGAAGUUUCUAAAUCAAAUGCGGGGGGGAAUAUGUGGCCCAUUUGAUAUGGGCUGUCAGAGUAGGUUUAGUUUUUACCAAAGUUUGACCACAAUCUGGCACUUGUAAUAAACUCUUCAAUAUGGAAAUGGAACUGCCAUUUUUAAAACCAAAGAUUAAAGAAGAGGAAAAAAUGACACAUUUUGUUUGGGUGCAAACAGAGCUUUGAAAACUCUAUUUUUGAUACACAGAAAGAAUGUCAUUCCUUUGAGGUUUGGAGAUUGUUCAGAAUUGAAAUUUUGUAUUUAACAAUGUGGGACAAUAAUGAUUUAAGACUAAAGGUUACAUUUUAGAUGUUUACAGAGCCUUGUAUUGUAAUUUUAAUGUACAUUUUGUGUAUUAAACCUUUUGUAAGUUAUGAUUGCAGUGCUACAUGCAGAAAUACAAAGGGAAGAACUUGCAUUUUAGGCUCUUGAAUCAUAGUGUUGAAAUAAAGAAGAA